UUUGGUUUCUUCUUUUUUAAGUAUUUGGGUCCUGCGUCUUUGUUGUAUUUAAGGUCUAAUCAAAUCCCUGUAGUUGGUUUAUUAUAAAAUUUCUGCUGUAAAUAUACCAUGGCUUCCUCUUCUGGAACUUCUUCUGGGUCAACUCUCCUUCCAAACUCUGGUUCAGAAGAAGACCUUCAGCUUGUAAUGGAUCAAAGGAGAAAGAAGAGAAUGCUAUCAAACCGUGAAUCGGCAAGAAGAUCGAGGAUGCAGAAACAGAAGCACUUUGAUGAACUGAUGGUCCAAAAGGCUCAGCUCAGGAAGGAGAAUAACCAGAUCCUUACAAGUAUGAACUUCACCACUCAGCACUACUUGGCCAUUGAAGCUGAGAAUUCAGUUUUAAGAGCUCAGAUGGGGGAGUUGAACAACAGAUUGCAGUCCCUUAAUGAGAUCAUACAGUACAUUAAUGUGGGCAACAACAGUUUUGAAACUGUGGAAACUCUAAUCGGUGCUGAUAGCUUCAUGAACCCAUGGAAUUCACUCUAUCUAAAUCAGCAACCUAUCAUGGCUUCUGCAGGACAUAAUUCAAUACUGAAACUCCUUCCAUAACCCAUGGCUCUCUGAGAAGCUUGAGACUGCAAUAAUGGUUUGUUUGUGUUGUCAGUGGUGUUUGUUUAGGUUCUCAAUGAGUGUAGAGCUACAAGGGGU